AUGGGACUUUUCGGUGGCAGCAGCAGUAGUGCCAGCGCCUCCAAUGCUAAUUCACCUCAACUGGAUGCGGCCAUGGCCGAGCUCGACAUGAUUACAGAUGUGUUCAACCGUCUCGUCGAGUCGUGUCAUGCCAAGUGCAUCAGUCCUCGCUACGCUGAGGCUGACCUCAACAAAGGUGAGAGUGUUUGUGUGGAUCGAAUUAUGUAG